GCAGCCUAAAUAGACCAGUUUAAACUGUCAAUUUGGCAAUCAUUUUCAGAUUAAAAGCCCCACAUAAAAACAACAAUCAUGACAGUAUAGCCCUGUUAUAUGUCUCCGAAACUAUUUGAAAAAGUUAGAUUUUUUGUUAAUGACUACUCGGAUAGUGGUAUGGAAAUAAUUACACAUUACACCGCCGAAGAGGAGCAACUCGUCAUCCAAUCGGCUUUAAAGAAAAAAGAACAAACCAUUCUAGAAAAUCGGCGCGCUAACAAACAUUUCAACCUCAGAAAUAAAUCGAUACAACAAUAUUUUCAACGAUUAAGCGGUUUCAACAAGAAAAAAUGCAUCUUGGAAUUCGUCGACAAGUUGAGAAAUCCCGCAAACACUUUCCAGAUAUUGAGCAAUAUGUCUCUAUCCCGCAUCAAGAUGGAUUCAUACUCUAUCGUUGAUCCCAAGACUGACAAUUACCAUCAAAAACUGACCUGGGACCACGACAGGAUGCUUGACAAGGACACAAUUUUUGAAACGAUGGAUAACGAUGCCGAAUGGUUUGGGAAACUCGACGAUGAUAAGCAAUUUAAACUGGUCAUGGGAUUGAUAAAACUGUGCAGUUGCGCUGUCAAGAGAACUUUAUAUAUGCCAUUGUAUCGAAUUUACAGUGCUUCCAUUACUACUUUUAUGAAGUCGCAUUUUGUAGGUAGAAGUGCGUUGGAUGCCAUAAAGGAACUUCAUAUUGAUCCUUUGGAGGAUGAUCCAGAAUUUGAUCCGAAACAUCCAUCUUCAAUUGAAGUAUGUAAACAAAGAAAGAAAUGGUUUGACCUUAUUGAACAAUACAGAAAAGAGGUAACAUCUGUUUUUCCAGAAUCUAGCAGCAAGUCUUUAGAGAAAGAGAAAGGUGAUAAAGGCGAUAAAGGCGAUAAAGGUGAUAAAGGCGAUAAAGGGGAUAAAGGCGAUAAAAAGGCUACUAAACGCCCAUUAAAAGAAAAGGAAAAGCAAACGAGAACUGACUGCGACAUUGACCUAAUCCAACUUCUACCAAUAUGGAUCGUAAAAAAAAUACUGAGUUACUUCUCCAACGAAGAGCUUCUACAAUUUAAGAAAGUAAACAAUUAUUGGGAAUUUGCCAGUCAAGAAAUUAUAAAAGAACGUAAAACCCGAGAACGAAUAAAUCAAUUGUUAGAAAAUAUGAAAUCAAACAUCAAUCCAAAGGUGUUCGAAGAAAAUAAAAUGCUUAUAGGACCACAGACAGAAGUACCAAAAUCGAAAAUUGAAUCUAAAAAAAAGUCGAAAAAUCUUGGUCGACAUUACGAUGAAGUAGCUUUACAUAAAAACAUUGUUCCUAAAAAAUUUAAAAAUCUCUGUAGCGUAUCACUGGCAACUCAAGCUAGAGGAGUCAGCGAACACGCGAUGGACACUGGUGAAAUGGUGCCGUUUCCAAGGAUUAUCAAGAAAGGAUUGGAGUUGUAUAAAUUUCGACCGUGCUCAUUACAAGAUGUUGGUGUUUCGUUCAAUGUCGAUGAGGAUAUUGAGAGACAGAAAUCUUUCAUUACCUACUCUCUGAGUAGCGCGCUCAGCAGUAUUAAAAUUUCUGUUGAUGAUAAUAUCCUUACCGAGUGGUAAAAGU